AUGGGCUUGGCAGGGCCACGCAGGAGCACCAAAAUCGGCAAUGAUCCCAACAAUACCAACUGGACCCGGUCCACAACUGGGUUCGGGCAUCGGAUCAUGAGCUCUCAAGGCUGGACCCCCGGAAGUCUCCUGGGUGCAAAAGAUGCCGCGCACGCCAACAUGUUAACCGCCGCCAGUGCUUCUCACAUCAAAGUCACACUCAAGGACGACACUCUUGGGUUGGGUGCUCGCAUUGGGCGAGAGAUGGAACCGACUGGGCUCGAUGCCUUCAAAGGGUUACUUGGGCGACUCAACGGCAAAAGCGAAGUGGAAUUAAAGAAGGACGAACAAAAGCGCGACAAUGUCCGAUUAGCUCGGUAUGCUGCUCUAAAAUUCCCGGAAGUCAGGUUCGUCAGUGGUGGACUUCUGGCGCAGGAAAAAGAGUCCGAAAUCCCCGAACCAGCCCCCAGGGAUACGGUUCCCGAGAAAUCCAAAUCGGACAAGGAAAAGCGUACAAAAACCACUGAGGAUGCCGAGACCUCAAGCGAAUCGGAUGUCCCAGCCCGCAAAUCCAAAUCCAAGUCGAAAUCCAAGUCCAAGUCCAAAAAGUCGCGUUCCCGAGACGAUACGGAUGGGAAUGACUCGAGCUCGGAAUCGAAGAAGAAAAAGAAGUCCAAGAAGAGAAAGGCCGAUUCUUCAGACAAGACACCUGAACCAGGAGUGAAGGCAGCAGCAACAAUAUCCAGGGAGCGGCGGCCUAUGGGACGAAAUGUCACUCGGUCACGCCAUAUUGCCCAGAAGAAAAGAGCUAUCAUGGACGACAAGUCUCUCAACGAGAUCUUCAUGAUCAAAGCAUAG